GAUAGAUAGAUAGAUAGAGCGAGCGAGCGCAGGAAGGAGAGAAGUUCACAGAGAAGAGGGGUAGAGAGAGAGAGAGAGAGAGAGACAGAGAGCGAGAAGAGAAAUUUUCUCUUUGUGGAUUUUGGCUGUGAUGUAAAGAUCAUUCAUUUUGAUCGAAUUUCUUGUUUGUUCGCCGGAGAGGACUUCGUGAAUCUCUACUUUCCGGUGUCGGCCAUAAAUUCCGGUGAAUUAUGCUACAAUAGCCUGUGAUGAGAUAUGAGAUUGUGUAUCAUCAUCCAGGCGUAGCUGAUUUGUUUACCGCAAAAGAUAAAAGCAGGGAUGGACAGGAACAGGGAAGCCAGGAGAGCUAGCAUGGUGUCCGCAAACGGAUUAUCGAGACGGAGACCUAGAAGUAGCGGCUUAAGGGAUUCACCAGAGGAAGAUGGGCCGGUGGAGUUGCAGGAGACGGCUAGGUUGCGCGACCGUGGGGUGAAGAAGGAUCGAGAUCGAGAUCGGGACCGAGAAAGGGAUCGAGACCGGGACCGGUUGAACCGGACAAAGAGGAGGAGAGCGGAUAGGUUGAUGCACGGGAGCAAUAGGGAGGACGCCGGAGAUGACAGUUCGGAGGAGAGCGUGAAUGAUGAGGAGGAAGAGGACGACGAUGAUGGCGGUGGCGUUGGUGGUGGAGCCGUGCGGAUGUUGCCGCCUAAUCCGGCGGCGUCGAUGUCGAACCAUCACCACCACCAGCCGCACCGGAAAAGUUAUCCUCCCUCUGCGACUACCAAAGUUUUCAGACCAGCACAAGGUUGGAAAGCUGCCGACGAAAUGAUAGGCUUUUCGGUUCCGAGAAAAGCUAGGUCAGUAUCAACGAAGAGGUCGCACGAGAGCUGGACUUCUGGCAGUGGAGUCGGAGGAGAGCAGCAAACUCACAGGCAAGCUUCGACCUCGCCGGUGAGGCCAAGUCUAGCCUCACCUUCGCGGGCGGGUCCGGUCUCGCCGUCUUCGUCCAAUGCGUCGGGUCGCAAGAAGAUGAAGCCGAAUGGAUCCAAGCCACGGCCGCCGAAAUCGUCGGGAAAAUCCGCUUCUUCGAACCCAGAAGAGCUCGAGUUUGAGAUCGCCGAGGUGCUGUAUGGCCUGAUGACACAAUCGCAAGCCCCUCCGAAGAAAGAUGCGACGGCUAACGAUUCGGCCAAGUUCGAUUCGCGAGAGGCGAAUAAGUCCAACAGCGAUGGAAAAUCGAGAGUUUCAUCUCCGAUCUCGAACUCGGCCUCGACGGCCCCUCAGUCAUCUUAUGCGUUUCCACAAAAUUCUAGCUCCGGUGCUACUCCAAUCUCCGUUGUUGCACCGAAGAGGAAAAGGCCCCGGCAAGUAUCCGACAAUCUUGGUAACCUCAGCAUCCGCAACAGCCCCAUUUCUUCGACAACCGCGGCGGGUAUGAAGGUCGAAAUCGAUCAACUACCAAAGGCUGAAACUUCCUCCCCCAAUUCUGAGAAGAACCCAGGAUCUGCAGCUGAUAAUGGCGGUGUCCCACUCAAUAACGUCGGUUCUGAGGCCGUUCCACCGCAGUCGGAGCCGUUACAGCCCGAUUCGGACAGACCGGAAACAAGCACAGGCUUAUUAGGGCCCAUGCCCGUGGUUGAUGAAUCCAGGGAAAGCAGGGAUGUGGAUCCGGCUAAGGAGGAGGUGGUCGGGUCGCCGAAGAAGGAAUCGCCGGCGGUCAGACCGGAAGAUAAUAUGGAGGAAUCAAGAGCUAACAAACCGAAUUCAACAAUCUCCGAGAUUGAAACGAAACGAGAAGAGAAAUUCGAGAUAGAUCUGAUGGCUCCGCCUCCUCAGUUGAGAUCAUCGCCGGAGAGGGAAGGCCCGAUCGACCUUGCAGAGGCGCCGGAGCAUAAACCGGCAGUGCCAGAUGCCGAUUCCGAGAUGAGGCCGAUGACUCAGGAUAAGAACGAUGAGAAGGGAGUCAAUGUGGAGCCUGAGCUGAAAAAGGCCAAACCUACAUCAGAAGAAACUGAGUCAGAUAAGAAGCCCCAUAAAGAGAGGAACAUUGAUCUUCAGCUUGAUUUGGAGAAACCCGACAGAGACAGCGGCAUUGCCUCUGGGUCUGGCAUCAGCACAGGCAACAAGUUACACCCACAUGUUCAGAAGCAGCAGCAACAGCUGAAAUCUACCAAAGAUGAAAUUCUACAUUCAGAGAAAACAGCUCAAUCGAGCUCUCUAUCCCUGCCAAUGUCCGUGGCUAGCUGGCCUGGUGGGCUUCCUCCAAUGGGGUACAUGACACCUUUACAAGGAGUUGUAUCAAUGGAUGGGAGCCCAGUCCCUCCUUCAUCUAUACAGCCAUUGUUUUCUCAACCCCGGCCUAAAAGGUGUGCAACGCAUUGCUAUAUUGCUCGAAACAUUCACUACCUACAGCAGUUGAUGAAGAUAAACCCUUUUUGGCCUGCCGCUGCAGCUGGCCCUGCAUCAUUGUUUGGCGCGAAGGCCUGCAAUCUCAAUGUUGUGCCCUCUGCAGAAAUCCAUGGAAACAUGGUUGGGAGGAGCGUCAACUCCAUGCAGGACAAGGGUCAAGGUAUGGCUAUCUUUCCCAGUCACGCUGGGAAAGACAAAGCUUCUCAUGCUGCUAAUAUUGCUGAUACACAGAGAAAGCAACAGAUCUUGCUUCAGCAAGCUAUGCCUCCAGGAGCUCCACCUAAUAAUAUACUGCAUGCACCAGCUUACAUAUUCCCAUUCAACCAGCAGCAUGUGGCUGCUGCUUCAGUUCGACCUGGACCUGCAAAGUCUCCUACCACUGCGAGCAAUGUCACUUCAACUAGUGCACCUAAUUCUGCUUCUGUAAAUGGGUCUGCAACAACAGCUCCCACAGCAGCUGCAGUGAGCUUUAAUUACUCAAAUAUGCCUGGCGGUGAAACACAAUACCUGGCUAUAUUGCCGAACAAUCCAUAUCAUCAUUUCCCAAUCCCGGCGGCUGUUGGAGCUCCACCAACAUAUAGAGGAACCCAUGCUCAGGCCAUGCCUUACUUCAACGGUUCCUUCUAUUCCUCUCAGAUGAUCCAUCCUGCACAGCUUCAGCAGCAGCAGCAGCAGCACACCACUCAAACACAGCAAGUGCAACAGGUUCAUCAAAACCCCAGCAUUUCCACUGGUUCCUCGUCAUCUCAAAAGCAUUUGCAGACCCAGCAGCAAAGACCACCACAAGGCAGUGGCAUUAAUGGGGGGAAUGGAAGUGGGAACAUUCAUAGUUUUCCCACUCCAAGGAACCGGCCGUCACAGGCUUCACAGCAGCAGCAGCAGCAGCAUCAGCACCUGCCAACUUCCCAUCAAGGCCGCCAGGUUGAAAUUGAGGGCGCCAAUGAAGAUAGCCCAUCGACUGCUGAUAGUCGUGUUUCUCGUACUCCAGUGAGUGUGUAUGGUCAGAAUUAUGCAAUGUCAAUUCACCAUCCAAAUUUUGCUAUAAUGACUCCUUCAGCAUUAGCUGGUCCCAGUGCAAGCAGCAAUCAGAAUGAAAAGAAACAGCCACAGCAGCAAGGCAUGAAGGCUGGAGUUGAAUCUCUGCCUCAAACUUUUGCCAUCUUCGCUUCUAUUAAUGGCGCAUCCCCGGUGCCUGGUAUUGAUCUUUCAUCUGUGGCACAAAAUCAUGCAGUUCUCCAGAGUCUUCCAGAGGCAAGGCAUAGCUGUCAGAUUAUGGCAGCUGCAGCUGUUGCCCAAGCAGCACAACAGAAAAAGGGGUUUCGAGUCUCUGAAGAAGGCAAAGCUGGAGGUGACUCCUCUAGUGUGGACGAAGAUAAAAAGGGCUUAUCAGGGAAGCCUUCUGGAAGUCUUGGGCAGUCCAUUGCUUUUUCAAGGCCUGAUAUAACGGAUGCAUCAGUCUCCACUAUCCCAGGCAGCACUGUUAUUGAUAGCUCAGCUCGGUCUCUGAACCUUGUAUCUGCUUCUUCCCGGGUUUCCCGUUCUACUUUGGGUAAUGUAAGUACUUCUAAUUAUCAGCUGCAAGCUCAGAUUCAAUAUCAGCAACAGAUGGCGCAGCUUCAGAAGCAUCAGCAUCAGCAUCAAUCGCAGCAGAUGGCUGCAGCUGUUGCAGCACGGAAUAAGACGCCAGCAACAAGUAAUGGUAGUGUUUACAGUGACCAUUUGACUUCUUCAUCUCCUGCCACUGCCAAGUUCCCAAAUGCACUCGCUGCUUUUCCUCAAAAUCUUGUGCAAAACAGUGGUGGUGGCAGCCCAGCCCAGUCUCCCCAGUGGAAGAAUUCUGCAAGAACUACCACACAAGUUCCAUCUUCCUUUGCUUCGUCAACCACAGCUUCCCUGAAAAACCUUCCUCAACAGCAGUCUAGAACGCAGCAAAGCCACACACUAUCUUUUGGGCCUACCCAGAAGUCAUUGACGGGAUCACAAGGGCAACAAACUCCAAACAGUCACCAGUCACCCUCUCCUCCAAUGGUGGUUGGCUCUCCCACAACUUCUAUUUCCAAAGGUGCUAAUGGAAGCCCAAGGACCGCAAGUUCCACUUCACAAGGCAGUAAAGCUGCCCAACCUUCCACACUGUCGUCCCAGCAGUCAAAGAACUCGGCAUCAGUACCCAGUCAGAAGUCGUCCCCAGUUGGUGGCAGAAAUGUUCCAUCAAUUCUUGGAAAUCCUCAUAUAACCUCUUCAACGACUGGUGCAAAGCCUCAAAUGCAACAACAGCAGUUGGCAAAACAAAUCGUGCAGCAGCCACAGAUUUUCUUCUCUCCUGCUUACAUGCAAGCUCAAUCUCCUGCAAGUUCCACUACUUCAGGCACAAAUGCGUAUUAUCUUCAGAGACGGCGUCCAGAACAACAGCAGCAGUCCCAGCAGCCGCAGGGAUCAACAUCUUCAACUGGGAUGUUGUCGCUUUGUCCACCUGUUACACUAGCUAGUGCAAGCACAUCUGAUGCAAAAGCAGCUGUCGCUGCUGCUGCAAGCAACAUUAAAGGCGGUGGAUUGCCCUCACAGAGUAUUCUCCAUCCAGUGCAGUUCACUGCACAGUCCUCUGGAAACUCGCAUCACAUUGUGCCUACAGGAUUCUCAUAUGUGCCUCCUGCAGUUCAGGUUAAACCAGCGGAGCAGAAACAACCUGCUGCCUGAGAAGAAAUGAAAGGUGGCACCACCAUAAAGUUAUCAGCAAUUCAACCGGAGUGCUAUCAACAGCGGGUGCGAGGAAGCGGCAAUUUUGUAAAGAAUUUGAGCGUGGGGACGGGCAAAAAGGUUGUGUUCUUCAUCGACCAUAUGCUUUGGUUCUGGAUGGAUGAACGAAAUGAAUACAAGUGUAUUUAUCUAUAUAUGCCGGCCUAUAAUCAUCUGACAGGGUUAGUCUCAAAAGUAUCUGAUUAAUUUGAUUGGUUUUUGAUGAUGAUGAUGAUGAUCAAUGGGGAUGUCCAUUGAAGGCAAAAAGUAGGUCAAAUGUUUUUUGCAUGGCAAGAGAGGAAAGUUUGGUACAGAGGCUUUGAGGAGGCAGAGGAAUGAAGGACCAGGCUUUUCUUUCUUCUUUUUUUUUUGGUUUUUCUGUUCUGGGGUAGGAAUGCAGGUUCUAUUUCUACUUUUUUUUUUGUUCUUCUUGGGUACGUUAAUUCCUUUUCCUUUGCUUUGGAUGUUUAUUUUCCUGAAGGAGCUGUUCAAAAACAGUUAUCUUUUGACAAUACAUAUAUAUAUAAUGUAAUGGAGGGUGUAUAUAUAUAUGUCUGGUGCAUAUAAGGGUAGCCCUCUCAAUUUUUUCAUUUAA